AUGAGUUCAGGAACUUCGAUUUUCGACUUGGGAGAUGACCUCCUCAUCACCCAAAUCCCACAGUACUUGCUGCCCGAGGAUAUCUUCAAUUUCUCCAUCAUCAACAAGUCCACCUACAACGCAUUCCACAACUCGUCCUUGACCACUGCGUUGUACAAGAUCUUGUACAACAAGAAGUUUACCAACCAUGAGAUGGACUUUACUUUGGACAGCAACGAAGACUUGAAUUGGACCCAGCUCUUCAAAUUUAGGGUCGGUUUGGGCCAAAAGGUGUACACUUGGGGGGCGUCGUCCAUGGCACGGUUAGGGUAUUUGACUCGAUCAAUAUCUACUAGCCAUUUGACGUCAAAUGCAUACGGAAUUAGAAACGUCCACACUCCCACGAACAUUCCCGACUUCAAUGGACAUCUCGUGAUUGAUGUAAUUGCCAACGGAUACAGCUUUUUGAUCCUCACCAACGAUGGGGAUAUCUUCUACACUGGAUUAUCGUGGAAAAGACCACACGCGGGCUCGUCCACCCCGGGGCCUGUAGAUGGCGAGGAUACUGGACCAUCCCCUUCUUCCCUGGCAUUGACGACCUUGAAUGAGACUCCUCCUCUUCAAUCCAGAAGAUCAAUAAGAGGUUCUGGGAUAGUAGCGAUUCCGUUCACCGUGAACAGAGGAAAUCGCUACGACCGUGAUGUACAACAGACAGCAACACCCCUGUCUAGAAGGAUGCUUCCUCCGAAUCCAAACCUCACGCUUCCCCCAGAAGAAAUGACCUUUCCACCAGGACUUGCCGAGUCUGUUCCUGGUUCCAAAUCAGUGAAGGAGUCUAAUUUAUUGACCAAAUUGCAUUUACCUGAUCUUCCCCAGAGUGAGCAACGGAAACGCAAAAUAAUUUCCCUUUCCAGUGGCAGGGAACAUAUUGUAGCGUUGGAUAACCUCAAUAACAUCUACACAUGGGACACGGGAACUAAAGGUCACGAGGGAACAAGGUUGAGUUUUCCGGGCUUGGACCUUGCAAACCUAUCUAUUGUCAAAAUAUCCGGUGGCUGGAAUUUAUCUGGAUGUUACGUCUAUGAGGUCGGGCUUGUUAUCUGGUAUUCAAGGAUCCCAAUCUCGAGAGAGCAAUUUGACAGUGGAGCAAGAAGCUCGGAAGCGAAGUACUUUGUUAUCCCUCGGACCAAAGCCAAUAUUGUCGAUUUUACUGUGGGCUACGAUUAUAUCUUGUACAUCGACAAGAGCUCGGGAAAGCUUUACAAGUGUGGGUUUAGUGCCAUUGACUACAGUUCCAGAUCAGAUACAAUUUCCCAAGACGAGAUUACUGUGUCGGUACGUCCAAUGGAUAACUUCAACAAUUGGUUGCAGGAGCACAAUGUCAGUGAGGGUAAGUUCGCCAAAUUCAAUCAUGUCAAGUGCUGCUUCACCAAUUUUGUGGUGUUGACCGACGAGGACAACCUUGUUAUCGGAAACCAAGCACACUUGCAAUACACUGGUAAUGACCCUGAUGAUGAUGGAGCACGUCCCAAGUACAUCCCCGAGCUACAAAACCAGCACAUCAAGACGGUGGACAUCGGAGACCAUCAUUUCCUAGCGUUGACCAGCGAGGGCACCGUUUUAAGCUGGGGGUUGGAGAUAGAUAACUGUGGGUGCUUGGGGCUUGGCUCCAAGGACGAGUUUGUGGACAGCCACCAGCCGUCCGAGGUCAAGGAUGAGGGCAGGGGCAAGGGCAUGAGGGUGCUCAAGCCGUUCCAGGUGACCAACCCGCCGUUUCCGGGAAAGUGGGUCAGCAUUACUGCCAGCGGAUGGCACUCUGGCGGGAUCUAUGUUCCUACAUAA